AUGGCGCCUUGGCCAUUUGGCUCGUCGGAGCCACCACCACCUCCUAAAGAUGACCGUUCCAAGCCCCUGACCCAGCUCUUCUACGACGCCCUCCCCGAGGACGAGCGCCUCCGCAUAGCCAUCCCUACCGCUCUCUCGACGAUCGGUAUCCUCGGCCUGGUAGGCGUCUACACCCGCUACCUGCGCCGCAUCCCGGGAACCGCAUACAUAAAACCUUCCUCCUUCCGCAAGAGGUCACUCUUCGGCCGCGUCACGAGCGUGGGCGACGGCGACGGCUUUCACUUCUACCAUACCCCGGUGGCCGGUUGGCCGGGUGGGGCUGGCUGCGGCGGAUUCCAGAGUCCAAGGCUCAGCUCAGGGGCCAAACGAUUCCUAUCCGCAUCGCAGGCAUCGACGCCCCCGAGGGCGCACUUCGGCCGCCCCGCCCAACCCUAUGCCGACGCUGCCCUGUCCUGGCUCACCUCCUAUAUCCUUCACCGUCGGGUUCGCGCGCACAUCCACAAGCGUGACCAGUACGACCGCGUCGUUGCCACUGUCUAUAUUCGCCGCGCCGGGGUCCUCUCCUUCCUUCUUCCUUUCCUCCUCCAUCGCGACGUUGGGCUCGAGAUGCUCAAACGCGGGCUCGCCACGACCUACGAGGCCAAGUCUGGUGCUGAGUUUGGCGGCAAGGAGAAGGUGUAUAUGGCAGCUGAGGCGAAAGCUAAGACGAAGAGGGUCGGCAUGUGGAGCCAAAAGGCGAGCGAAUUUGAAAGCCCGAGGGCAUACAAGGCGAAGAUACGUGACGGCGAGACAAGCGUUGAUCCUAAGACCUAG